AUGCAUUUCUCCAAGCCAAUCAUUUCUACGGGCCUCGUGGCCCUUGCUUCUCUCCCUGUGGCCAUCUCCCACUACAACCAUGAGGCCCUCAUUAUUAACGGCGUUGUGACCCAGCCGUACGAGUACGUUCGACGCUCGACGAACGGCUGGUCACCGGUGGCUGAUGUCAGCUCUCUUGACAUGGUCUGCAAUGAGGGUGGCCUGAACCCCGAGACAAUGGCCGCCACCAAGACGGCCACCGUCGCCCCUGGUGACAUUCUCGGCUUCACCGUCAACAUUGAGAUCGGUCAUCCAGGACCUCUGGCGGUGUACAUGAGCAAGGCGCCUGACGGCGUUUCGGCCUCCGAGUACCGCGGUGACGGCGACUGGUUCAAGGUGUACGCCCUCACCGUGACGACCAUUGACGACAACACCAUUCACUGGGGCAACUACAAGUACGCCCAGGCCAUCCGCAACUACACCUUCCAGCUACCGCAGGAGAUCCCAGCAGGCCAGUAUCUCUUGCGGGCGGAGCACGUCGGGCUGCACGACGCCACGCAGCACGCCAAGGCACAGUUCUACAUCAGCUGUGCGCAGCUCCAGGUGACGGGCAAUGGAGCCGGCAAGCCAGGACCGUUGGUCAAAAUCCCGGGCGUGUACAACGGGUACGAGCCGGGCCUAAUGCUGGAGCUAUUCAACCCCGUGCCCAAGAGCUACGAGGCGCCGGGCCCGGAGACGUGGCCUAACAGGUGUGAAGACCGUAGUGCAAACACCCUAAACGAGGACUGGGACGGUGACUGCGGAUGGGGCAAGCUGGGCCCAUUCUGA